GUUUUAAUACCAUACAAUGCAGAACAUCCAACCGGUUUUUAAUCGAUAGAAGGAAAUCCUUGUGGAACAGAAAAGCAGCUGGGAGAUGGAGGCGUGGCCAUUAAGAGCUGCGUUCCUCAUGCUGCUCGUCUCCGCCGCCGCCACCGCCGCGGCCGGAGAAGGCGGAAGGGAAUCGACGGCGGUUAGCGGGGCUCUUUUCCUAGCCGGAUCGAUACCUCGAGGAGUGGAGGCGAUGGUUGUGUCGACGGAGAGGAUGCUACCGCAUUGGUAUCGUGUGGCCUGGGCUACUCUCCGGAAGGCGGCAGUGGUGCCGGCGAUGAAGGUCGCUGUGUCACUGUGCCUAGUGCUCUCGGUGAUGCUGCUCGUGGAGGUGGUUUUCAUGUCAUUCGUGAGCCUCGCCGUGAAGCUGUUCCGCUUGACUCCGGAGAAGCGGUACAAAUGGGAAACGAUCAGCGCCGAUUUGGAGACCGGUAGCUCCGAUUACCCCAUGGUUCUCGUUCAAAUCCCUAUGUAUAAUGAGAAAGAGGUGUACAAGCUCUCGAUUGGGGCGACGUGCGGGCUAUCGUGGCCAUCGGAACGGAUGAUCAUUCAGGUGCUCGAUGAUUCAACCGACCCGGAAAUUAAGGAUUUGGUGGAGCUUGAAUGCAAGAUUUGGGCAAGCAAAGGCAUGAAUAUAACAUACGAGGUCAGAGACAACAGAAAAGGAUACAAAGCAGGUGCCCUGAAAGAGGGGAUGCAGCAUAGUUAUGUUGAACAGUGUGACUAUGUUGUCAUUUUCGAUGCUGAUUUUCAACCAGAAUCUGACUUUCUCAUGAGGGCCAUCCCUUUUCUUGUUCAUAAUCCGAAGCUGGCUCUUGUUCAAGCACGUUGGGAAUUUGUGAACCCAUAUGAAUGCCUGAUGACAAGAAUACAGAGGAUGACACUAGAUUAUCAUUUUAAAGUGGAGCAGGAAGCUGGCUCAUCGACUUAUGCAUUCUUUGGAUUUAAUGGUACUGGAGGGGUCUGGCGAAUAUCAGCCAUCAAAGACGCUGGAGGUUGGAAUGAUCGAACUACAGUAGAGGACAUGGAUUUGGCUGUCCGAGCAAGUCUGCAAGGUUGGAAGUUCGUGUACGUUGGUGAUCUCAAGGUCAAAAGUGAACUACCUAGUUCUUUUAGUGCAUAUCGUCACCAGCAGCAUCGCUGGACGUGUGGGGCCGCAAAUCUCUUGAGAAAAUCAGUCUUUGAGAUUUGGAUGACAAAGGACGUAUCUUUAUGGAAGAAGCUUUAUCUUCUAUAUAGCUUUUUGUUCGUGCGGAAGGUUGUGGCGCAUAUUGUCACCUUUACACUCUACUGUGCUGUCAUUCCUGCGUCUGUCUUUAUUCCAGAAAUUAGCAUUCCUGCAUGGGCAGUAGUCUACAUUCCAACGACAAUUACCUUUCUCAAUGCAAUCAGAAACUUUAGCUCUAUACAUGUAAUACCCUUUUGGAUUCUUUUUGAAAAUGUUAUGGCUAUGCAUCGUGUGAAAGCCACCAUCGUUGGUCUAUGUGAAGGUGACAGUGCAAAUGAAUGGGUUGUUACAGAGAAGCUUGGUGGUACAAUAAGGGAAAAACUUUUGCCUGACGCCACUUUAAUUGAAAAAGCUUCCCCAAAGUUCAGUCACAGGUUUUACUUUGCAGAACUUGGAUUUGCUGUCUUUCUCUUCUUAUGUGCAAGCUAUGAUCUGACCUAUGGAGAGGAUUACUACUUCAUAUACAUCUAUCUACAGUCUAUUGCAUUUUUUAUUGUGGGUUUAGGUUAUGUUGGAACUUUCAUCUCCAGUUUCUAGCUUCCAAGUUAUCAUUUUCUGCCAUUGUAUUAGUUUUAAGCUCAUUUGUUGGUCUGAAAUAUAUGUAAUUCCACUUGAGGAUAGAAGUUCUAUCCACGUAAAAAAGGAAAAAUAAAGAGAAGAUGUCAGGGAACAUUGGACAUCUUCACAGUUCUUGACCUAAAAGUUUGAUAGGCUAUAGAACGGCCAUACUUUUUGGAGGCCUUAAAUGCCACUGAAGGCACAUUUAGAUUAUUUAUUUAUUGAAAUGCCUUCUGUUCUUGUGUAUUAAAUGUACCUCGCCUGUCUAUGAUUAGUGAAAUUUGCUAUGCAUUUUUUAUGGAUUAGAAACUAUUUGAAAUUGGCUA